AUGGAGGCUCCCAUAGAGCUCAAGUACCGAGUGGAGGAUCGUCCCGAAGAUGCUGAAGCGAGCAAGCGCGACACCAGGGACAAGAUCAAGGUCCGACGCCAAACCAGUGAUUCCAUAGAUGAGCAUGAUGAGCAACCGUCACUUGAGAAGGACUUGUCAAAGGAGCUUGAAAAUGCUGCGGCACCCGAUCCCUUGAUCAUGGCGUAUCUUCAGAGUAUGAUGACAGCUGCUCUUGCGGCGCCGAUGUACAACGCAUAUGCAGCUGCAGGUGCAGGCUUUACCACGGUGAUGCUGCGGAACAUUCCGAACCGCUACACUCGUGAUAUGCUCGUUGCUCGUCUCGACAAGGGUUACAAGAACCUGUACGACUUCGUCUACCUACCAAUUGACUUCAGCAGCAAGUGCAACGUGGGAUAUGCCUUCAUCAACUUCAGAACGCCAAGUGCCGCUCACAGGUUCCACAACGAGUUCCACAUGACAAAGACAAAGCAAUGUUUGCCGGGCUUCAGCAGUUCGAAAGUGGCUGAGGUCUCCUUUGCAAGGGUACAGGGACGAGACCAGAAUAUGGAAAAUCUCCGUGAUGAGAAGUUUAUGGAGAAGCUCCACGACAGGACAGAUUGGCAGCCACUGUUUCUGGACGAACAUGGGAAGGAGAUUCCAUUUUCAAAAGCAUUUGGAGGCGACAAGAAGAGGAGCAAAAAGCCGGUGAUGCCGGCAGCGGCUCCUACCUUCAUUCCUCCUACAACUCCAACAGGCUACAUGCGGCCUCCGCCGUCUUUCCCCAGUGUGAACAUGUUCCCACCAUCUUUUGCGGUGCCGCCAGCUCCAGCCACAACGCUGGCUUCCAUAUUGCCAAGUGCCUCUGCUGAAACCCUGCUCAUGCUCAAGGGCGUGCCGGCAACGUACGCUCGAGACCAGCUCGUGGAAAAACUGAAGAGCAAAUAUGGAGCUGCUUUCGACUUCCUGUUCCUGCCCAACGAUACAAAGAGUGAAGGCAACCGUGGCCAUGCCUUUAUCAAUUUCAGCAAGAGUGACACCGCAAAGACGUUCCAAGAGGACUUCGCCGGAAAGCCAAUGAAAGAUGUCUUCGAUGGAACAGAAGAUGACAAGGUCUGCGAGGUUGUCGCUGCUCGCAUGGAGAGCUUGGAGAAGACCAUCCAACGUUGUCAGUCGCGAAAGGAGGCGGAAGCCGAAUCACCUUGGCUUCCGCUGCUCUUUGGAGAUGACGGUGAGGCAAAGCCAUGUCCGUCUCUUUCAGCCCCACAUGCCGGCGCAAAGGAAGAAGCCGAACCAAAGGCAAAGGCAAAGCAGAAAGAUCGCAGACAGGGAAGCAAAGACUCUACUCCAACCGCAGCACCGCGAGGAUAUCCAUACCCUGGCUACUACGGAUAUGGAGGCUAUCCGCCGUAUCCAGGUUACAAUCCCGCAGUCUAUGCCUACGCCCAGCUCGCCGCCGCACAGAAUGCCCAGGCCAUCCAGGUUGCCCAGCUGCAAGCACAAGCAUCAGCACGAGCACACGCAGGCAAAGGGGGCACUAAAUCUGGUAUCGUUCCAAGCAUUUUGGACCCCUUGGCCGCGGCAGUCAACCACAAGGAGGAUGAGGAGCUCACGGAGGACCACAAAGCGCAGCUCAGGCACCAGGUGGAGUACUACUUUUCGACUGACAACCUUUGCAAGGAUCUGUUUCUGCGGGAGCACAUGGAGCGUGAUGGCUGGGUUUCUUUGAACUUGAUCCGUACUUUUCCUCGGGUUUCCAAAUUCAGCGUGUCAAGCAAGAAGCUCAUGGAGGCGUGCUCUGGGUCACAAAAGCUGGAGAUUGAUGACAGCGCCGAGAAGAUCAGGCUUGCAAAUGCAGACGAGAGGAGCAAGUGGGCCAACACGCCAGUUCCGCCUGACUACAAGAAGCGUUCAGCAUAA